CUUUUCCGCGGCACGCAGGUGGACUGUUCAGCUACUUUCGGGGGCUGCUGGGGAGCCGGGAAAUGCGGAUACUUAUUCUGGGGCUGGAUGGUGCCGGCAAGACGACCAUACUGUACCGGUUGCAGGUGGGCGAGGUAGUGACCACAAUACCGACGAUAGGCUUCAACGUGGAGCAGGUGACGUACAAAAAUCUUAAAUUCCAAGUGUGGGAUUUAGGUGGACAGACCAGCAUACGACCAUAUUGGCGCUGUUAUUACAGCAACACAGACGCUAUUAUCUACGUAGUUGAUUCCGCAGAUAAGGAUAGGAUAGGCAUAUCAAAAGACGAGCUACUAUACAUGUUAAGGGAAGACGAACUUGCCGGAGCCAUACUGGUAGUGUUGGCCAACAAACAGGACAUGGAAGGGUGCAUGAGCGUAGCGGAGGUGCAUCAAGCGCUUGGGCUGGAAGCGCUGAAAAAUCGAACGUUCCAAAUAUUCAAAACAUCCGCCACCAAAGGAGAAGGACUCGACCAAGCGAUGGAUUGGCUGUCGAAUGCGUUACAGGCGAGAAAAUAGCUUCGACUAG